GUCGCGGCCCGGGCGGUGGGGGCGGGCGGUGUUCUCCCUGGGCUGGAAGCGCGCGCGUCCCCUGCGGAGACCCUGGCACUCCUGCCCGCGGCUGGGAGCUGGGGCGGCGCCGGCGACGCCUCGUCCACCUCGACGUUCGUUUCCCAGGUCCCCGUGUGCACAGCUUCCGCGAGUCAGGCAGGAUGGCAUCCCUGGGACACACCGAGGAGUCCCCUCCUGUCCCAUCCCCUGUCGCCAGUCUCUCGUCACCAGGGACACCCGGCACCCGGCACCGCGCGGCCCGGCGACAUGGCUCCCCCCACCGCAGCCCUGAGGGGCCCUCCCAGCCGGCCGACCUGGACCCCUGCGGUGCAGAGCCGGUCAGAAUCGGCAGAGACACCUGGCCAGCCCUGGAGCCCGAACAGGCCCCGCCCUCUCCGCGCGCCCACGCUGCCCAGGACGGGGCUGGCCAGGGGGGAGGGGCGCUGCGGAGCCUUCUGCAGAGCCUCCCCCGGGGCCCCGGGUGCGCGGGCGCGUGGCACAGGCCGCUGGGGCCGCGCGCGGCCGAGGGCGGGGCGAAGGCGCACCGCUGCGAGGCCUGCGGCAAGAGCUUCCGGUACAAGUCGCUGCUGCUGAAGCACGGGCGCAUCCACACGGGCGAGAAGCCGUACGCCUGCCCCGAGUGCGGCAAGGCGUUCCGCGGCUGGUCCGGCUUCAUCCAGCACCACCGCGUGCACACCGGCGAGAAGCCCUACGAGUGCGGCCAGUGCGGCCGCGCCUUCCGCCACAGCUCGCACUUCACGCAGCACCUGCGCACGCACAACGGCGAGAAGCCCUACCAGUGCGGCGACUGCGGCCAGGCCUUCAGCCAGAGCUCCAACCUGGUGCGCCACCAGCGGCUGCACACGGGCGAGAAGCCGUACGCCUGCGCCGAGUGCGGCAAGGCCUUCAUCUGGAGCUCGGUGCUCAUCGAGCACCAGCGCAUCCACACCGGCGAGAAGCCGUACGAGUGCGCGCAGUGCGGCAAGGCCUUCCGCGGCCGCUCGCACUUCUUCCGCCACCUGCGGACCCACACGGGCGAGAAGCCGUUCGCCUGCGGCGCCUGCGGGAAGGCCUUCGGCCAGAGCUCGCAGCUCAUCCAGCACCAGCGCGUCCACUCCCGCCAGGCAGCCAGGAAGUUCCUGAUCCGGCUGGACGUGCAGGCCACGUCCAGUGUCGCCUGCGCCAGGGCGCACAUGACCCCAGGGAUGUCCCCUGAUUCGCACAUGGGUGGCGGCGGCGGACGCCCAGCCCCGCACCUCGGCCCGCAGGCGGCGGCGGGAACGCCCAGCCCGCACCUCGGCCCGCAGGCGGCGGCGGACGCCCAGCCCGCACCUCGGCCCCGCAGGAGGCUGCGGACCACCAGUCCGCACCUCGGCCCCGCAGGCGGCGGCGGACGCCCAGCCCGCACCUCGGCCCCACCGAGCCCCCGCCCCGCGCCCGCGCGCGCUCGUUCCUCCCUCCCGUCCGUCCGCAGGGGCCGCGGGCCCACGCUGGACGCCGGACUAGAGGGGGAAACCGGGGCGGCGGGGCCGCGGGAGGCCGCCCAGGGCAGCCGAGUCGCGGUCCUCCCGCGGCCCAGAGCGCCGCCGGAAGUGCCCGAGCCGCAGGGGCGACUAAAUAAAGUCACUCCUUGGCCCAGAGCUGCACCGUUCACAUCGUUGUCCCGAGUUUUUGGCUUCAUAUCUUUGUCCUUUCUAGCCAUCGAGUCAGUGUUGAAAUCUGAAGAAAACUCCAGGUGUCAGGUGCCGGGCACGGCCCUGCGGUGCCAAGGCCCCAGCGCAGGUGGCACGGCCACGCCCCUGGUGCUGUGCGUCUCGCUCCAGGGAGGAGUCGCUGCAGAGCCCAGGCCUCGGUCCCCAGGGUCUGCCCUGAACACGUCUUGGGGCCGUCUGGUUGCUGGCGCCAGGACGGUCAGCGGUGCGGCGGCUCCCUCGGCCCAGCCGCUUGCUCAGCCCUUCUGUGCUCAGUGUCCUGUGUUCCCAUCUCUUCCCCUAGCGGCGUCCGUUCCCGGCCGCUGGUCUGCAAGGAGGAUCGAGGACGGCGGCCAGGCCUGGAUCCCGGGCGCCAAGGAGAGGGAGACGCUGAUGGAGGCGCCCACAGCGCAGGCCCCACGUGGCAGCCCGGCUGCCGGGCAGGCAGCUCCGAGUGUAGAGGUGACGCCCACGCUGGAGACGGCGGCAGGAGGGGGCCCGGGAGAGGCGGCGCCAGGGCCGCCGGAGGCCCCUGGCCUUUGUGAAGAUGCGGAAGCUGGAGGGAGGCCCGGAGGGGCCCCGCAGGUGCCCGUGGGCUGUGAGAACGCUGGGGGCCAGACUGGCCACGGAGGUGGUGCGUCCGGCUCCGACGUCCCCUUGAACACGAGCCCUGCGGCGGGGCCGAGAGGGCGGCCGUACGCCUGCGGCGCCUGUGGGCGGAGCUUCACGUGCUGCUCGGACGUGGUGAAGCACCAGCGCAUCCACGCCGGGGAGAAGCCCUACGAGUGCGGCGACUGCGGCAAGGCCUUCAUCCACAGCUCGCACGUGGUCCGGCACCAGCGCGUGCACAACGGGGAGAAGCCGUACGUGUGCAAGGAGUGCGGCAAGGCCUUCAGCCAGCGCUUCAACCUCAUCCGCCACCAGCGGACGCACACCGGGGAGAAGCCGUACGAGUGUGCCGAGUGUGGCAAGGCCUUCGGCCAGCGCUCGGACGCCGUCAAGCACCAGCGGAGCCACACUGGGGAGCGGCUGUACGCGUGUCGGGAGUGCGGGAAGGCCUUCGUGCACAGCUCCAACGUGGUGCGGCACCAGCGCAUUCACCACGGGGAGAACCCGUACGCGUGUCCGGAGUGCGGCAAGGCCUUCAGCCAGAGCUCCAACCUCCUGCAGCACCAGCGCGUGCACACCGGGGAGCGGCCCUACGAGUGCGGGGACUGCGGCCGGGCCUUCAGCCGCAGCUCCUUCCUCAGCGAGCACCGCAGGAUCCACACCGGGGAGAAGCCCUACGAGUGCGGGCACUGCGGCCGCGCCUUCCGGGCGCUCUCGGGCUUCUUCCGGCACCAGAGGCUGCACACGGGCGAGAAGCCGUUCCGCUGCACGGACUGCGGGAGGGCCUUCCGCCUGAGCUUCCACCUCAUCCAGCACCGGCGAGUCCACGGCCCGGAGUGAGCCGCGCGAGGCGCCGAGUCGUGUCCGCCCGCCUCGGCGUGCACGGAGGGGAGCCAGGAAGCUGCGUGGUUUGACUUCUGCGCUGUGGAAACUUGAGCGUGGCUGUGCCCCUGCUCGGCAGUCUGGGCGGCAGCCGCAGGCUUCCCAAGGAAAGACCUGAGCGCGCGUGUCCGCAGGCUGAGAGGCACGGAGGUGGUUUUUUUUCCUAGCGAUUGAGAGGCAGAGAGACAGGGACAGCGACAGGUCUCCCAUCCGCUGGUUCACUCCCCAAAUGGCCACGACGGCCGGAGCUGGGCCUGUCAGGAGCCAGGAGCUUCCUCCAGGUCUCACGCACGUGGGCCGUGUUCCGCUUUCCCAGGCCAUCAGCAGAGAGCAGGACUGGAAGAAGAGCAGCCAGGACGCACAUGGCUCUCGUGUGGGACGCUGGUGCCUCAGGCGUCGGCUUGGCCUGCUGCGCCACAGCGCCGCCCAGCGUGAAUCUUCAGAAUGGCGGCACUGCCAUCCUGCACCACACGUGAGAAGGGGACGCACAGCUGCCCUGGCCCGGCAGUCACAGCCAGUUCCCCAAGGCCAGGGAGCAGAGCAGGGGCUGCUCUGCCAGGCACGGGAGGCUCCCCCAGCAGGCGGCACAACGGGAGCGGGAAGAAGCAGGUGACGGCAGUGCUGCCGUGGUCUGCAGGGCAGGCCCGGGGUCCUCCGACGAUGAGAGCUGCAGGUGAGUUCAGCGGUCGAAGGGCACCGCUCCAGAAUACAGGUGUCAGCUGUUCUGUACCGCGGCAGUGAGCAGACCGAAAAGGAAGCUCACAUAAAUGAAAUGUAUUUCCACCAGCAUCACACAUGGAACCCCAGCCAUCAGUGUAGCCAAGGGAACACAGGGAAGACCGAGAGGAAGCAAAGACCACUAACCGAGCGGAAAGCCCCUGCCGACAGCUCUCCCAGGCUGGGGAAGCUCCUGCGGCCCCACCAGAGCCUCAGCUUACGCUGCAGAAACUGAAAACCAGACCCCGGGGGCCGGCACUGGUGUAGUGGGCUAAGCCUCCACCUGUGGCACCAACAUCCCACAUGGGCGCCGUCCGAGUCCUGGCUGCUCCUCUUCCGAGCCAGCUCUGCUGUGGCCUGGGAAAGCAGUAGAAGAUGGCCCAAGUCCUCGGGCCCCUGCACCCGCGUGGGAGACCCGGAAGAAGCUCCUGGCUCCUGGCUUCGGGUCAGCCCAGCUCUGGCCGUUGCGGUCAGUUGGGGAGUGAACCAGCAGGUGGAAGACCCCCCCCCCCAGCUCUACCUCUCUCUGUAACUCUUUCAAAUAAACAAACAUAAAUAUUAAAGAAAUUGGGAGCAGACACUGAAACACCUGUAUAUAAGCAGUCGCGGCAGCGCAACGCACAGACGCUGACGGUGCCAGCAUUCAGACCCCCAGACCUCCAUGAGGUUGGUGGCUAACAAUAGGGGUCUGCUCAGGCAGGGGGGGGUUUUAACUGUCUGUUAAGCUGAUAAGGACAGAUCCUACACUUGAUCUUAGCAAAAGGCUAAGUUAUUUGUUUGAAAGGCAGAGUUUCAGGGAGGACAGAGAAAGAUAUCUUCCAUCCACCAGGUCACAACUCAGAUGACCACAAUGGCCAGGGCUGGGCCAGGCAGGAGCCAGGAGCCAGCAGCUCCAUCUGGGUCUCCCAUGUGGGUGCAGGGGCCCAAGCGCUGGGUCCGUCAUCUGCUGCCUUCCCAGGCCAUCAGCAGGGAGCCAGCACUCACAUGGGAUGUCAGCAUCGGAAGUCGUAGCCUAACCCACUGCUCCACAGUGCUGGCUGCCGAAAGGGUAUUUUGAGGGGCCAGAACUGUGGCGUAGCUGGUUAAAAUGCCAUCUGCACCGCCGGCAUCCCACAUAGGCACUGGCUGCUCCACUUCCGAUCCAGCUCCCUCCUAAUACACCUGGGAAAGCAGCAGAGGAUGACCCAAGUCCUUGGGCCCUGCACCCGCGUGGGAGACCUGGGUGACGCUCCUGGCUCCUGGCUUUGGCCUGGCCCAGCCCUGGCCAUGGCAGCCAUUUGGGGAGUGAACCAGAAUGGAAGUUUCUCUGCCUGUCUCUUGUCUCUCCCUUUCUAAUUAUUUCAAAUAAAUAAUUUUUUAAAAAGUACUUUCAGCCACAAGCAGGGACACAGCUACGGGAUGGCAGGGCCGGGGGCACGUGCAGUGGGACGCUGGGCAUCCAGGGCCAGCGCCAUGUGUCUCCCUGCACGCGGAGUGUCCGGAACAGGCAAAGCCAUGGGCUGCGACGGGAGCUGCUCCGAGGUCAGAGUUCUGGCCCUGUACCCCCUGCCACUUGGAUGCCAACAUGCAGCUCGUGGCCGGCCACAGCGAGACAGGUUACAGGGAGCUGGUGACCAGGACUGCACGUGGCGCCCACGCCUGGGUCCCCACUGGGCUCCCGGCUUGGGCUCCGGCUCCGGCCCUGGACCCCCACCCCGGCUGCUGCUCAUGUUUGGGCGUGAGCCAGCCGUUGGGAGUUCUCUCCCCCUCUCAUAAUGAUAAUAAUAGAAAUAGUUAUUGUUAAACGUCCUCCCUGCCCCAGGGCCAAGCUUGGUCCCCAAGUGGAACUUCUGAAAACCACACAGCUCAAACGGGCUGAUUCCAACUUGCACAACUUCCCGAUCAUCCGACGCUCAAAUCCCGCCAUCCAGCCACGCGUCUCACAGCAGCACGUUUUUCACAGGCAAAGCUGAACAGCUUCUUGCAUCCGGCAGGUUUUGUUCUGCAUGGCGGGGGCUGUGUGCGCCGUGACCUGGAGGGAAAGCAGCCGUGUGUCCCCGAAAGGGCCUCUGGCGCCGUCUGGCGGAGGUGGGCUGUGUUGGUACCCAGCUUAGGUACUACUGACCGGAUGCUUUACUUGGGACAAGAGCAAACGCAGAGGGCCCGUGGCACCUUCAGGACACCCGUGGCACGUCCGGGGCUCCCACCUGAAUUCUGGGAGCCAGCUUCCUCUUGUCCCACCGCAGCUCUCGGAACCAACCUGCUCUAAACACCUGCGGUUCACUUCCGCUCCGGUGAGAGCAGGACCGGGACCAAGACGGGGCUCCCGCGUGCAGACGCCACUGCCGGGCCGGCCCUGCCUGCAGGUCCUCCGAGAGGCAGGCGACGGCAUGCUGGAGGAUCUGCCGUGCCGCGAGCCACAGGUGAGUUACACGAGAGCAGGUCCAUGCCAUGGCCAACAGGAUUGCUGCUAGCACUAACAAGGCCGCCGGGAAGAACGGGACGCCUGGAGUGUCCGCAGUCAGGCCACGGCCGCCGCCGCACUGCUGACGCACUGGAGCCGCCCCGUGGGUGGCCGCAGCCUCUGUGUGCAAGCCGGACGCCCGGGCCGGGGCAGGGAGCCCGCGUCCCACCCCGCGCCAGCUCCACUUCCAAUCCUGCUCCUCGCUAACGCGCCCAUGGGGGAGACCCGGGGGAGCUGGCGCAGCUCUGGCUGUUGGAAGCGUUUGGGUGGGAGAUCUUCCGUCACUCUGCGUUUUGAACAAAUACAUCUGAAAAAGUGACAGAAAGGUUCUUUAUAUGCAAAAAAUACUCAUCAAACGGUCUUGUGUUACAAAAGAGAACACACGUAUUGAAAACUUUAAAAAUGAAACACGGACAGGAAGUGAAGACACUGACCCGGCCCCCUGGGUUCCCUGGUUUCUGGCUGGGCCCCUCCCCUGAACAGCCCAGCAUCCUCUCUGCCUUUUGUCGAACCUAAGGUGGGGGCAGGUGCUGGCGCCCCCAUCAGGCCUGGUUCCACCCCAGCCGCCUGCGCUCAGCGCUCCGAGGCCGCAGGUGGUGAGCCAAGGCCCCCGGUUCGUGGUGGAGCUCCGGCUCCUGGCCCCAGCCGGGAAAUGCUGUGGGCACUUGGGGCGUGAACCCGGAGAUGGACGCCCGCCUCUGUCGUCUUUUGAUCACGGAUCUAUCUGUUGCCCUCUUUUCAGAUGAAUAAACCCAUCUUUGU